GCUUCCUUUCCCUAAGAUGGCUUCCCUCAUGCUAACGUGAGAUGUAGCUGUUACAGGAAGAUCCUGCGGGGUCUUGGCAGACAUGCAGAGAAGUUGGGGUUUGAGUCCAAGUGCAAUGGAGGGUCACUAAGUGCAGGGAAGGGUUUUAAGCAAGGACCUGAUGUGAUCUGACUUGUGAUCUAAUACUUUGGCUGAUUUUUUGGAGGGCUGGCAAGAAAGGAAACCAGUUAAGGUGGUGUCAUCCAGUUGAGGGGCAAGUAGCUUAAACCACCAGUGGUAGUGGGGAUGCAGACCUGAGGGUGGUCAAAUCCAUCCAGAUCUUGGUAGGGAAAUAUAUGAUCCAUAUUGAGAUGAGGUAUUUUGAAAGCAAAACUGACUGUAGGUGGGGCUGAAUGUGAGUUAAGUGAGGAACCAAAGAACCCAGAGCUUACUUUCAGGGGUGCCAUGGACCAAGUCUUCACAGUGCUUGGCACGGUUUGUGGGUCACCCCCACUCUACCACAAACUAAGCUCCAUUAGGAUAGGGACUCCAUCUCUUUUUGCUCCUGUGUUUUUGGCCCCUAGUUCGGAGUCUGCUCUUUAAAGUUGGAUGAACGAUAGGUUUGGAGGUGGAAAUCAAACAGGAGCUCAGAUACUUGUUAAAUGCUGUCUUCUGAAAAGGGGAAAUGCUCCCAACACACACACCCAGUCUAGGCUAGGUACUCCACCUUGGCCUUCUUCCACUCCCCUUUAUUUGUCUGUGUCCCCCAGCAGAAUGGCUGCCCCUGCAGCGCGGGGAGGCAUCUCAUCUCCUAUGGACCUGGCACAAUUAGUGGCCCAGGGUAGCUGCUUAGCAAAGAUCCAUUUCUGCCGAACCUAUUUGUAGUGCCCAAAAGGCAACCACUAGGGGGCGAGCUGGCACUGGCGGAGCGCCCGCCCGACGCACUUUUCCUGCUUCUCUCACCGCGCGGGGCGGGGCUCUUACGUCACGAGCGGCUCCUGCGCCUGCCCGAGCGAGACUAGAGAGAGGGGUGGGGUCUGGCUUCCGAAUGUGGACGGAAAUUGCCGAGAGUCCUCGGGGUGCGUUGACUAAGCGCCCCCUCGGCCCCGCACAGGCGGAAGUACUCGAGGAGCGCCGGAAGCGCCGGGCGGGAAUCCGUGUGCGUUCGGUGGCGGCCUGCGGCGCCAGUUGCCAUGGAGCCGGCUGGGCCGUGCGGUUUCUGCCCGGCCGGGGAGGCCCAGCCCGCGCGCUACACCUGCCCGCGCUGUAACGUGCCCUACUGCUCGCUGCGGUGCUACCGGGCGCACGGCGCCUGCGCCGAGGACUUCUACCGAGACCAGGUGCUGGGAGAGCUCCGCGGCCGCAGCGCCUCGCCCAGCCGCUUGGCCGGCGCCCUCCGCCGGCUGCGUCAGCAACGCGAGACCGAGGACGAGCCCGAGGACGCAGGUCUCAGGCCGGGCCCGGCGCCCGGCGGCCUCUCGGGACUCUGGGAGCGGCUGACCCCGGCCGAGAAGGCGGCCUUCGAGCGGCUGCUGAGCCGGGGCGAGGCCGGGAGGCUGCUGCCCGCGUGGCGGCCGUGGUGGUGGGCGCACGGGGCCGGGCCGCGGCUUCUGGAGGAGCUGGACGAUGUCCCCCGCGGGGAGGCCGCGGAGCUGGAGCUCCCACCCGCCCGGACGCCGCCAGAACCCGGGAAGGAUGCUGCUGCCGCCGAGCCGCUUCUCGGAGACGCCCCGGGGACCGGCGCGCCCGCCGUGCCCACCCGGAUCCCCGCGCUGGCCAGCCUGAGCCGCGGCCGGGCCUCGCCGCUCGUGCGCUUCCAGCUGCCCAACGUGCUGUUCGCUUAUGCACACACUCUUGCCCUGUAUCACGGCGGGGACGAGGCGCUGCUCUCCGACUUCUGUGCCACGCUGCUCGGCGUCUCCGGAGCCCUGGGCGCCCAGCAAGUCUUCGCCUCUGCCGAGGAGGCUCUGCAGGCCGCAGCCCACGUGCUGGAAGCAGGCGAGCAUCCGCCCGGGCCCCUGGGCACAAGGGGUGCCAUGCGCGAGGCCGCCCGCCUCCUGCUGGGCGAGGGCCCGGCCAAUCAGAAGGCCUACACGCUGGCAGCACUGGGGCACCUGGCGCAGACCCUGGGCCGGGCCCGGAAACAGGCCGUGGCUACCGAAGAGCGAGAUCGCCUCUACCGGGCCCGGAAGAAGUGCCAGUUCCUGCUGGCUUGGACCAACGAAAAUGAGGCGGCCCUCACACCCCUGGCUCUAGACUGCACCAGGGCCCACCGAGCCCAUGCUGUGGCCGCCGAGGAGGUGGCCGCCCUCACUGGGGAGCUGGAGCAGCUUUGGGGAGGCCCCCUGCCACCUGCUCCGAGGACUCUCAUUGAGGAGCUCCCUGGCUGAACUGGGGACCCCUUGUCAUUAAUAAAGCUGUGACUGGU